AUGGAUUACGAACGAAUCGGAAAGGCCCAGGUUACUAGCAGCGGUGGAUUUUCUCCGGGAAAGUUAAGGACUAUGCUUCUUCUUGGUGUUGAUAGAAAGAAGAACGAAGAAAUGUUUGAAUCUAUUUCUCCUACAAUGAGAUCUGGGUCAAAUCAAGUUGCUAGUGGACUUGAUGAUUGCAAAGAUGUUGAUGUUGUGAGUGAGAUUGCUGAUUGUUCUACUUCAGGGAUGGCUGGAGAAGUGCGCGAGCAAUCUUCGAUUGGCUCGGGUCUUGAAGAGUACCCGAGUCAUGAUUACGACAAUGUGGAUGAAAUCAAGAGUGUUUCUGCAUCUGUUUUUGAGUUUCAAAAGACGGGAAAGGAAAAAGCUCCUCAAAGAAUGCCUAUUAGAUCAUUCUCUAAACCUGCUCCAUCUAAAUGGGAUGAUGCUCAGAAAUGGAUCGCUAGUCCGACAGCUAACCGGCCGAAGACUGGACAGAUUCUGGUUCCGGGGUCUAAGAAAGGGCCUAGCUUUGGUCGGCAGUCUUCGAUGAAGAUUGUUGAAGUUGCUGAUCAAAGAGCGGGUGCGUUUGCGGUUGAAGAACCUGAUACAAAGCGAAUAGAUGUAAGCCAAGUGAAAAAGGAUACGGGACAGAAGUUUGUUAGCUGGGAAGUCGAUUCAUACACAACCGCGGAUUCGUAUGUUAAACCGGUUCUUAUGGUUGAGAACUCCAUUGUAGAAUCAGCAACUGAAGUUAAUCUCAGUCGACAUGACUCGUCAAUCGCAACUGCGUUUGCCCAACCGCCUUCAACAGCGAGAUCUGUAUCGAUGAGAGACAUGGGAACCGAAAUGACUCCAAUAGCGAGCCAAGAACCUUCUAGAAAUGGGACACCGAUUAGGGCAACAACGCCAAUCCGAAGUCCAAUAUCUUCUGCUCCUUCAAGUCCCGGGAGACAAGCAUCGGCUUCUCCUAUGACUAACAGGGAACUAUCAGAGAAAGAGCUUCAAAUGAAAACUAGGAGAGAGAUAAUGGUUUUGGGUACUCAGCUUGGUAAAUUAAACAUUGCAGCUUGGGCUAGCAAAGAGGAUGAAGACAAAGAUGCUUCCACAUCACUAAAGACCAAAGCUUCCCUACAAACUUCUAAAAGUGUUUCUGAAGCUCGUGCUUCCGCUUGGGAGGAAGCUGAAAAGGCUAAGCACAUGGCUAGGUUCAGACGCGAAGAGAUGAAGAUUCAAGCUUGGGAGAAUCAUCAGAAGGCGAAAUCUGAAGCCGAGAUGAAGAAAACCGAGGUGGAAGUUGAGAGGAUUAAGGGACGAGCACAAGACCGUUUAAUGAACAAACUAGCUGCGAUAGAGCGCAAAGCAGAGGAGAAGCGAGCAGCUGCUGAAGCAAAGAAGAAUCGACAAGCAGCGAAAACAGAGAAACAAGCUGAACAAAUCCGAAGAACAGGCAAAGUACCUUCAUUGUUGUUCUCUUGCUUUAGCAUUUGUGCUUAA